AUGGCCGAGGAUAACAUCCUAUCCGUCCUGAGUGAGGAUCUCUCGGAAGGGAGCGAAAUUGGUGAGGAUGAUGAUUCUGGAGAGUCUGAUGAUGUCAUGUCUGACGAUAACGGACCGGAUGAUGCUAUGACCCUCAUGCAGUAUCAAAAUGAAUCCCGCAGAGAAACCCUAAUUCGUAAAGGGUCGCAGGUCUCUGGUUCAUCCCUGAAGAAGGGAAGACUGGAAACUGUUGAUCGGAUCUUUUCCUUGAUCAGAUCUCACCACCCGUCGAUCUUCUAUCUGGUUGAAACUCAUGCUAAUGGUGCCCGCGUCGAUCGCUUUUGUGGUAAAUUUGCUAAAAAGUGGAAUUGGGCUGCCCUCCUAGCUGACGGUCUCUCUGGUGGGAUAUUCAUUAUCUGGAAAAAGCAUCUUGGUCUUGUGACUCCUAUUGCGGUCUCCCGCAGGGCGUUGCACCUUGUUAUUUCUCCUUCUUUUAAUUCCAGUUGGAUUCUUUCUGUGAUUUAUAAUUCUAACAAAUUUGUUUCUCAAUGCGCCCUCUGGACCGAACUCUCCAAAAUCACUGCCCUGAACUUCCCUUGGCUCAUUAUCGGCGAUCUUAACACCAUUGCUAGUCCCAGUGAACAUCGUGGGGGUUCUUUUAAUUAUUACUCGCGCAAGGCUCAUGCUUUCUCUAAUUUCAUUGACAGUAAUAAUCUUCUGGAUUUGAACUUUUCUGGUUGUAGGUUCACCUGGUGCAACAAUCAAGUUGGUCUUUUCAGGCGCUGGGCCAGGUUGGAUCGUGGUUUGGCUAACUUAGCUUGGCUUUCUAACUUUUCUUCGGUUUUUCUUUUUCAUCUUACUCGUACAAUCUCUGAUCAUGCCCCUCUCCUUCUUUCAGUCUCUUUUAUCCAUCAGCGUCGUAAGUUUUUAUUUCGCUUCUAUAAUUUUUGGUUGGAUUAUCUGGGUUGUCAUGAUGCUGUUUGGGAGGCCUGGAUGGUUUCUCCUCAUGAUAAUCCUUUACAUUCCUUUACUCACCUUCUCUCUCGUACUCGGUCUAAUAUUUUGUUGUGGAGGGCCUCUGGUUUAACCUCGUUGGAUGCUGAUAUGAAGGAAACCGAAGAAUCUAUUCGCUCCUUGGAGCUAAGGGACUCUUUGGAUUCAGUGAGUAUUGAUCGUCUGAUGGAGUGCUAUAACUGGUUUUCCAUUUUACAGCAUCAUAACUCUUUGAGGUGGGCUCAGCGUGCUCACUUGCUUUGGCUUAAGGAUGGGGAUCAUAACACCACAUUCUUUCAUAAUUCAGUUCGUAUCCACACUCAUUUUAACACUAUCUCUCAGGUCUGCGACAACUCUGGUAAUGUGGUAUCUGAACACUCAGACAUUGAGAGUAUGUUCGUUAAUUUUUAUUCUAAUUUGUGGUCUGAUUCUUCUGAAAUUACUUUUACUAAUAUCUUUAAUGCCCUGCCUGAUGAUCUCCCUUCUCUUUCUGAGCAUGAGGCUUCUGCCCUUACCCGGCGGGUUACUAAGGAUGAAGUUUUUGCUUCCUUGCAAGACCUCCCCUCUGGUAAGGCUCCUGGCCCUGAUGGUUUCAAUGCUGAAUUCUAUCAUUUCUCCUAG